GCAGGGUCAGGGACCCCAAGGAUUCCCCCUGAACCCCCUCUCGUGGGAUGUCUGGGGUCCUCAGGCGCAGCCGCGGACAGAGGCCUCCGCGGGACCGCGGAAAAGCCGCCCCUCCCUCCAACGCGCGUUCCCUAAUUCCCAGCGCGCUCCCGCCGCCUCCUGGGUCUGGAUCGCGCGCGCGCGCCCCCGUCUCCCCCGCCCACGGUCGAGGGGCGGACCCGGCUCCCGGCGCCGCCGCCCGCAGCCCCCUCCCCUCGCCUUCCCGCCGCUCGCGGCCGCCGCGGCGCUGCCACCCAGCCCCACCCCGGGCGACCCAGUGUGGAGCGGCGGGAGCCGGAGCCGGAGGUGCGGAAUGGAUAAGAGGGACAAGGCCAGGGCAGGGGCCGCUGCGCGGACGCCAGCUUCUCGCCCUCCUGGCCUUCCGACCCCCAGGCCCCCAGGGUCUCCUCGACCCCCUCCCCCAGUAACCAGCGCGGCCCUCCGAGUUCUGGGAGCAGCGGCAGCUGCGGGGCGAGGGCCCCUGGCGGAGCGAGCCGGGGGCAUCCGGGGAGCCGCUCUCCAAGAGGCUGGUCCCCGGGUGGGACCAGCGCGGAGCGCCGGGACAGGACCCCGGAGCCCAGCCUCCAGGGCCCCAGCGGCUGGGAGAGGGGAGCGGACCCCUGCCAAGACCUCCAGCCCGGUCUCUGUCUCUAGCCUGGGGCGUGCCAGCGGGACCGCCAGGCUAGGCCCUCUUGGGCAGAAGGGGCUCGGGCCCCCAGCUGAGGAACCUGUGGCCAGAGGAAAAGCCCCAGAAGCGCCCAGAAGGAGCGCCCUGAGCGCCGGGCCUCGGAGAGACUCUUCUGGGCCCACUCCAAGCGCCCCCUCCCCGGCCAUCUCCCGUCGGUCCCGGGCUGCAGGCGCUGAGGGCGGUGUCCCCCGGGCAGCUCCAAGUGCCCGACCUCGACCCCCGACCGAGGCCCCCAGGAAAUCAGUGAGCAGCGCCCCAGAGCGCAGCGCCGCGGAGCCGAGCCCCGCCGCCAGGAGGCGACCCAACGCUGGUGGGGGCCUCCAGAGGCCAGCCUCGCGCCCCCUGGGCUCCAGCGCCACCCCUCUGUCCUCCCCAGCACGCUCCGGGGCCUCGCUGGGUGGAACACCCCGGGCUCUGGGGCACCCCUCGCAGCUCAAGUCCAAAGGGCUGCAGGCUCUGCGCCCCCCGCAGGCCACACCUCCAAAGAAUGGCACAGACCCUGGGCAGGGCAUCUCUCCUCCUUUGGCUACACCCACUCCACCUAGUGCGACUGCACAGCCCGCACUGCCUCCCCAUGUCACAGCCACACCUCUCCCGGACACGCUCCCUCUGUCUCCACCGACCACGCCCCCUUCCCAGGUCCUCACUUGCCCUUUGGCCACGCCCCCUCCACUAGCCCCGCCUUCUCCCUCUGCUCCACCCUCUCUGCAGACCCUCCCUUCUCCGCCGGCCACACCUCCUUUGCAAGCUCCACCCACACAUCUAGGUACAUCCUUUCCCGAGGCAUCCGCCUCUCCUUUGGCCACCGCCACCAUUCUGGCUCCAUUCUCUCCAUCAGUGUCACCCCCUCUGCAGAGUAUGCCCCCCACCCAGGCUUCUCUGGCCUUGCCCCCUCUUCUGACUGUCCCCUCUCCCUUGGCCACACCUCCUUUGGCGGCUCCUCUACCAUCGGCCACGCCCCCUCUACAAACCCCUCUGUCUCAAGCAAUAUCUUUGCGGAACCCGCCUUCCCCCCUAGCCACAUCCCGUCUGGAGGCCCUUUCGGCUCUGACCACGCCUCUUCCGCGGGCCGGUCCUUCCCUGUCUCCGCCCUCUCUUCAGGCCACGCCCUAUACACUGGCUACAUCUCCCACACAGGACCCUCCGCAGGCUUCUCGCUCUCCUCUGACCACGCUCUCUCUGCAGGGUCCUCCUCCUCUAGGCUCUCCGGCUGCCUUGGCCUCACUGCCUCUGCAGGCCCCUCCCUCUCCCCUGUUCACGUCCCCUCUACAGGACACUCCCUCUCCUCUGACCCUGCCCCCUCUACAGGCCCCGCCCUCUCUGCUGGCCACGCCCCUUCCACACACUCCACCUUCCAGGACCACGCCCCCUCUACAGGCCACUCCCUCUCCUCAGUCCCUGCCCCCUAUACAGGCCCCACCUUCCCUGACCUUACCACCUCUGCAGGCCACUCCCUCUCCUCAGGCCAUGUCCCCUCUGCAGGCUCCACCUUCUCCAGGAUCACUCCCUCUGCAGGCCAUCCCUUCUUUCCUGGCUAUGCCCCCUCUGCAAACCCAACCUUCUGUGGCCUCGCCCCGUCUUCAAGACCCUCCCUCACCCCUGGCCACGCCCCCUCCACAGGCUCUAUCUUCUCUGGCCUCGCCCCCUUUGCAGGCCCCUCCAUCUCGCCCUGCCUCACCUCCUCUGCAAGCCCCUCCCUCUCCCUUGGCCACGCCCCCUCCGCGUGCUUCACCGUCUCUGGCCUUGCCUCCUCUGCAGGCCCCUCCCUCUCCCCCUACCGCACCUCCUCUUCAGGCCCCUCCCUCUCCCCUGGCCACGCCCCCUCCGCAGGCUCCACCUUCCCUGGCCCUGCCCCCUCUGCAGGCCCCGCCCUCUCUUCCUGCCUCACUCCCUCUGCAAGCCCCUCCCUCUCCCCUGGCCGCGCCCCCGCCGCAGGCUCCGCCUUCCCUGGCCCUGCCCCCUCUGCAGGCCCCGCCCUCUCCCCCGGCCUCACCCCCUCUGCAGGCCUUUCGCCGCCCGCCGACCCCGGGUCCUGAUGCCCCUCUGCCGGGUCCACGGCUGACCCUGGCGCUGGCCCCGGGCCCACCGCCGCCGCCCUCGCGCAGCCCGUCCAGUACGCUGAGCGGCCCGGACCUGGCGGGCCACAGCAGCAGCGCCACGAGCACGCCCGAGGAGCUGCGCGGCUACGACAGCGGGCCCGAGGGCGGCGCCGCGGCCUCCCCGCCCGCCGACGCGGAGCUCGCCGCCUGCCACCCGGCCGCCUGGAGCCGAGGGCCCGCUCCGCCGCUGGCCGUCCGCGGCGCACAAGGAGCGCCCCUGCCUUGGCCUCCUGCUGCCGGGUCGGGCUCCGCUGACGGCCUGUGCACCAUCUACGAGGCUGAAGGGCCCGAGUCGGCGACCCCCGCCCCGGGCGCGCUGGAUGCGGGGCCGGGGCCUGGCGCGGGGGGUGGGAAGCCGGCGGCGGGGGCGGGGGCGGGGGCGGGGGCGGCCUCCCGCGGCGCGAAGCCGGCGCGCCUGGGCGAGCUGCCGCUGGGGGCGCUGCAGGCGAGCGUCGUGCAGCACCUGCUGAGCCGGACGCUGCUGCUGGCGGCCGCCGAGGGUGCCGCGGGUGGCAGCGGCGGUGGCCCAGGGGGCGCAGGGGGUGGCGGCGUCGCGGGGGGCACCCGGACGGCGCUCAGCGACGCCGAACUGGGCCGCUGGGCCGAACUGUUGUCUCCCCUGGACGAGUCCCGCGCCAGCAUCACCUCAGUCACCAGCUUCUCCCCGGACGACGUGGCUUCCCCGCAGGGUGACUGGACCGUGGUGGAGGUGGAGACCUUUCACUGAGCCAGACCCUAGCCCCGCCCACCAGAUCCACCCCUGCCUUAGGACCCGCCCCUCCGGUUACGCCUGUCUUAGACCCCCUUCCCCUCUUGGAGUUCGGCUCCAGGUGGAUCGGUCUCAGCCCCCUAGAGCCCUAAAAUUUUGGCCCAGGCUCGCGACCCACCCACAGUUUUGACCUUGGUCCUCCCCUCGAGCCCCGCCCCCCGGCCUAGGCCCCGCCCCAUGUCCAGUGUACCUUCUACUGCGCGCCCGAGUUUGCAAUAAAGCUGGGACACUGCAGUCUGUGCGCCCUCGCCGUUGUCCCGGGGACCGGGGCUGGGGGCCGCCCCGGGGCCGAGCAGAGGGCGGGGCGGCGCAAGGGGUAAGGCCCAAGCCGAGCUGGCAGCUGUGCGGAGCAGGCUGUAGCUCUGGCUGAAGGCCUUUCCGCCCACCGCUUGGCGGUGCAGCUUCUCCAC